AAAAAAAAAAAACUAAACUGCCUCUUCCCAUCUGAAGCCUCCCGACCCGCAGCCCUCACCGCCAUGGCGACCGCCGAGGGUUCCGCCGCCGCCGGCGAGGUUCGGCGCCUCCUGGCCCACCUCGACUCCCAGCAGCAGCUACUCGCCGACUGCCAGGGCGCCUGGUCCCGCGCCCUCGCGCACUUCGCCUCGCUCGACGAGGACCUCGCCUCCCGCUCCGCCGCCCUCGAGGAAGCCCUAGCCGCCGCCGACGCCUCCACCUCCGAGUCCCUCGCGGGGCUCGAGACCCGCGAGGCCGCCAUCCCGGCACGCCUCGCCGAGGCCUCCGCCGCGCUCUCCGCCUCCGUGGCUGAGGCCGAGGCGGAGUCCUCCGCGCCGCCUCCCGCCGACAUCCGGGGCGCCCUUCGGUGGAUAUGCCGCCGCAUGGACGCCGCCGCGCUCUGGCGUUUCAUGGCUGCGCGCCGCCGGGAGCUCACCGCGCUGCGGAGGGAGGCCGGCCCCGCCGUUGCCUCCGCGGUCGACCCGCCCCGUCUCGUCCUCGACGUGGUUAGCGAUUUCUUAGCCGCUGGAGAGGGCACCGGCGAGGACCAAUUCUGGGUGCUCGGCAUGCUGCUGCGCUCAUUGUUCGAUUCCGAUAGCCGGAAGCCACCGGAGAUAGGAGACACGUUGGUUGAGAGGGCGGUUGCAGUCACCAAGGAGUGGCAAGAGCGUUUUGGGAUCAAUAUGGACAAAUUGAUAUCCGAGAACCAGGAGGUGGAGAUGGCUGAAGCGGAUGGGGUGGGGAAUUCAGGAGCAGAGGAGAAGAAAGAAGAGCGUGGAGAUGCAGAAGAAGAGGAGGAAGAGGAGGACCCGGAGGAGGUGGUUCUUGGGUCAGGGGAUGAAGGGGAGGAGGACCCAGAGGAAGCAGAGGAGCAUGAGGAACUAGAGAAGGAAGCAAAGGAGGUGAAGGGAGAAGAGGCAGAGGGAAAGGUGUCUGAAGAGGGAGAAGGGGCAGAGAAAACAGGACUGGAGGAAGAGAAGGGAGUGGGAGAGGAGACGAAGGAGGGGAAGAAGGGAGAUGGUCAUAAAGGUGCACCGGAGCAACCAGAGGCGCAGAUAUUCCUGCAGAUGGUAGCAGCAUUUGGAUUGAAGGAUAAGUUUGAUGGGGAAUUCUUGAGGAGGCUGUUUGUUGCGAAUGGGCGGAAGAGGGAGCUUGCCAGGAUUGCAUGCGUGCUUGGAUUCGAGGACAGCCUCGGAGAUAUUGUUGAGGAACUCAUCAAGUCAGGGAAUGCUGUAGAUGCUAUAUAUGUUGCCCAUGAGGCUGAUUUGCUCGAGAAAUUUCCACCUGUGCCUCUCCUCAAAGCUUAUAUGCGGGAUUCCGGUGACAAGGCUCAGGCUGUGUUGAAAAGUGGAAGACAUUCCAGUUCUGCACUUGAAGAGGCAAACAACCUGGAGGGCAAUGCAUACAGGUCUGUCAUCAGAUGUGUUGAAUCCUGCCAUCUACAGUCAGUGUUUAGCAUCGAUGGUAUAAGGAAGAAACUAGCAAAGCUUGAGAAAGAGAAGGUGGAGAGGAAGAAGCCAGGUGGCCCAAGCAGAUUCCAAAACAAGCGAUCCCGGGGUGCAGCUGGACCUUACCCCUUCCCUCCUGCCAAGGCUGCAAGGGGAUCAGGCUCAAGCUUUGGCCCAUCCUUCCAGAACCCAGUCUCACGUUCCUUCAACUACGCAGCUCAUGCUGGAUACAUAAACCCAGCAGGCGCGCCACCAUACUAUGUGCCUGGGCGACGAGGCGGCGUGCCAUACGGUGGACCUGGAGCAUCAUAUGCUGGAUCCCCGAACUUUGCAGCUGGUGGCACGCAGCAACCGUUCCGUCGUUAGGAGGGGUUGUAUUUGUUAAUUAGUUGUUACUAAUUUUCCUUGUUUCUGGCUGAUGGAUCAUGUAUACUUAAUGUUAUUCAAGCAUACUUGUUCUUGAUUUUCGACGGAUGCAAGAUAUUGAAGCUUGUGCAGUAUACAUUCUA